AUGCCGACAUACGACAGCGAUUCUGAUUUCGAAGACGAAAACUUCACCGAGACCAACGUUCUUCUCGGCUAUGCCACAAAGGAUGCAGUAGACGACACAACCAGCCAGUUNGGUGGACAUCCCACAUGGCUCGACGAAAAGACUUCACCACCAGGCGACCUGGCUAAAUGCAAGAGCUGUAACAACCUCUUGACGCUGCUACUUCAACUGAACGGCGACCUGCCCGACCGCUUUCCUGGCCACGAACGACGAUUAUAUCUUUGGGCAUGCAAGAGAAAGGCAUGCAGAAGGAAGGCCGGUAGCGUGAGAGCUUUCAGAGCGAUCCGCGCCUCUGCCAUUCCCGCCGAGUCCGAGAGGCCCAAACAGCCCAAGCAAGAAGAGACACCACAAGAAACACCAGCGCCCGCUGCUACAAAGACCAACCUGGGCGAAUCUCUNUUUGGCGUCAAACCUCCUACCUCUGCCUCUGCGCCUGUCAAUCCCUUCUCGACUGGCGGCGCGUCAUCACGCCCUGCAAACCCUUUCUCCUCGACACCUGCAGCACCCUCACCAGCACCUUCACAACCCACUCCAUCGCUCUCCGAGACCUUCGCCUCAAAAGCCCGCAUCUCCACCCCCGAGCCCACCUCCGAAGCUCCCACUACAGCACCCACCGGCCCUCGCGAGCCAUGGCCCCAACAAUCCUCUUUCCCUCCACCCUACCCUUCCUACUACCUCGACGCCGACUACGAAACCCUCGACGCCGAAAAGCCAGAAAUCCCCACACAGGCACGCGUAGACAUGGACAUUGACGCCGGCGAAGGAAGCUCCGGCGGCGCAGGCGCAGACAUGGACGUCAAAGACGCCUUCGAAUCCAGCAUGGACAAAGCCUUCCAACGCUUCGCAGACCGCCUCUCCCAAAACCCCGAACAAAUCUUGCGUUACGAGUUUGCAGGCCAGCCUUUGCUGUACAGCAAGACAGACGCAGUGGGGAAACUGCUGGCUCCCCAUCAAGAUGCUGCUGCUGUGAAUGCCAAAGUCAAGACUACUGCCAAGUCGGGUAUGCCAAAGUGCAAUAACUGUGGUGCGGAGAGGUUGUUUGAGUUGCAACUUACGCCUUAUGCUAUUGUGGAGCUGGAGGCUGAGGAGUUGGGUCUUGAAGGCAUGGAGUGGGGCACUAUCAUUCUGGGUGUGUGCUCCAAGGACUGUGUGCAGCGUGGUCAGAAGGAGGGAGAAGUUGGCUACGUUGAAGAGUGGGUCGGAGUUCAAUGGGAGGAGUUGAACAGUAAGAAGUAA